AUGAGGAUUAUUUCCUGCCAGUCGACUCUUGUGGCUGUAGUUGCGGUUGCUCUCAUUGUGGUGUACUACACUGAAGCUAAGACUACUCCGAAGCCAAAGUACCAGUACACCAAGAAACCUGUCCCUCAGAUCACGGUCCACAGCCCUGUAACCACCAGCGUGCCCAAGACUCUUAAGAUUGUCCCAACUGCAAAUCCUGUGAAGCCCCACCCCCCGCCCAACCCAGUGAGGACCACCAACCCAAGUCAUGUCUUUCCACAGCACUACCCUGACAGCACCGGGCCACCCGGUGUUGGUCCUGAGAACUACACCCUGGAUUACAACGAGUGUUACUUUAACUUUUGUGAAUGCUGCCCACCAGAGAGAGGGCCCAGGGGCCUGAAAGGAGAAAGAGGCCUGACAGGGCCACCUGGAGAAAAAGGCCUUACAGGAGCAGCUGGUUUACCUGGGCCACCUGGCAUCAGUGGUCCUAUGGGCUUAAAGGGAGAAAAAGGGGAUAAAGGUGACAGAGGAAACAGUGGGCCAGGUGGGCCACUAGGGAUUCCAGGAAAACCAGGACCAAAAGGUGAUGUUGGCUACAAAGGGGAAAAGGGUGAAGUAGGACUGCAAGGUCUCAAAGGAGAAAAAGGGCAGAAAGGAGAACCUGGCAAGAAUGGGACUGCUGGUGAGAAAGGAGAACCUGGAAAAGAGGGGCCAGCUGGGCCUCCAGGAGUGGCUACAGUACAAGGACCAAAAGGAGAUAAGGGGGAUAGAGGGGAGUGUGCCUCAUAUGGAGAGAAAGGACAAAAAGGUGAACCAGGUGAACCUGGAGCUCCUGGAAUCCCAGGAGCGAUGGGAAUUCCAGGACAGAAUGGCAAGCAUGGCUCCCCAGGCCCUAUAGGUGUCCGAGGGGAUCCAGGAGCUCCUGGACCACAAGGAGAACCAGGGGUGAGGGGGCUAGAAGGACCACAAGGUAUAAGAGGGAUGCCAGGACCGAGAGGGGAAAGAGGUUACCCUGGGAUGAGAGGUGAGCGGGGUUUUCGUGGAUUCAAAGGUGCUAAGGGUUCUGGAUCAGGGAUCCCCCAGAAACGCUCUGCCUUCAGCGUAGGUAUCUCUCCGAGAAAGUCUUUCCCUCCUUCAGGCUUCCCGAUCCGCUUCGACAAAGUCUUCUACAAUGAAGAGAACCACUUCAACAUAACUUCCAACAGCUUUACAUGCAUCUACCCUGGAGUUUAUGUCUUCUCCUUCCACAUCACUGUGCGCAAUCAGCCGCUGCGAGCCACACUGGUGGUGAAUGGGUCACGGAGAGUGAGGACACGGGACUCUCUGUAUGGUCAAGACAUCGACCAGGCCUCCACUCUGGUGGUUCUGCGGUUGGCUGCAGGUGAUCAGGUGUGGAUGGAGACGCUCAGAGACUGGAAUGGAGCGUAUGCCAGCAGUGAGGACGACAGCAUCUUCUCUGGAUUUCUGCUUUACUCAGACAAGCCGUGA